UUCACAAAUGAAUAUUCAUUCAUUUCAAGCCAAAAAUUGCAGCAACAAAGGAUCAAAUCCGCAACCCUUCUUCUCAAUUCUUCUCCAAAAUUCAAAUGAUCAUAACUUCUUCGUUUCUCAACGAAAUUUAGCGAUUCUUGCGGCCACGGAACGAGGAAACGAUUAUCUACAGCUCUAUGGGUUGAAUUUGAGCUUCCAUGGAAGGUUUUUGAUGAUGAAUUUGGGCAUGAAACCUUCGGCCAAGAGACAAUCAUCAAGACUCGAAGAAGCGACUAUCGACAAGGCUCGGAAUUUAGAAGAUUGUGACAUCGCUUAGCCGCUUUAAAGUAUAUGGAUAGCAAGUGGUGAGUACACUUUAAAUUACUCGUUAAUAUUCAUAAAGCUACGUAUUUUAAUACGAAAAGCUAUAUGAAUAUUUAUAUAUUUGAGAUGUUUACUUUUAAAAUGUAUACGUAUGUAUGCUUUGAAAAUGAUGCUUUAUCGUAAUAUGUUAUUUUGAUAAUAACAUAAAUGUUAAGACACCGGGGAUGGGUAAAGUAAAAUGACAUAAAUCGAACCAAAUACAAAUAAGAAAAAUAUAGUACAUGCCUAUAUGUACUAUUAUUCAUAUAUUUAUAAAGAUACAUUGUACGUUCCUACACGUACUUUUAAUUAUAAUGAAUACCCAUACGUGCGUGUGUUAUAGAUGUAUGCUUGUAGAUUGUAAUGUGCAUGUCAUGGUCCAUAAAGGAUCAAGAAAACCCAACAUAAAUCAUCGAAAUGAUAAAUACAUGAGAUAAGAAAAAGUGAACUCUGACAUAUUCAAUAAUAAGAACUGAGAUAUAAGGUGGAACUCGGUAGAAUUAUCCCGGGACCUGUAUCUCAUCCAUUCUCGAUGAUAAUCCUCGAAACUCAUACGUAAUAAAAAGUAAGUACGAUACAUCGAGAAUCAAUACGAAACAAGAUCGAGACACAAUGUGAACAAACACUCCUAUUAAAUGUCAAUAGAAAUUAUAUGAAUCGAUAGUUAAGUUCAAAAGACCUGCAGGGUGCAGAGUCCGAAUGCAGACACGAAGGUAACUCGGUUGAACUAUCUCGGGACCCAUGUCUAAGGAGUAACUCGGUUGAAUUAUCUCGGGACUCCUAUCGAUCGUUUGGGAUUAAGAAAUGGUACAAGUAACUCGGUUGAAUUAUCUCGGGACUGUACCAUAUGGUUAUGGGUAACUCGGUUGAACUAUCUCGGGACCCAACCAUAAGGAUCAAGUCACAAGAGACUUGCCAAUGAUUUAAUUCGAUUUAGAAUCAUGAUGAUAUAACCUAAGAUUUAAGAUCCGAUCGAAAACUAUUACAACAAAACGAGAAAGAAAAAUAUCAAUACCAUAAUAAGAAAUCAAAGAUGUCAGAUACGUAUAAACUAUAAGUUUAUGAAAUAAACAAAGAGUUAUGAAGGAAAGUAAAUAGAGUAUGCAAUAUGAUUUCAAAAGAGUAUUUUCUAUAUAUAAAAUGGGUUUUCAAAUGUUUUAACCCUUUAUGAGAUAUUACGUGUAAUUU